AUGGCGCCGCCGGCUACCUGCAAGGCCAUCAAAGAGCCAAUCAAGGACGAAUGGGCCACAGCGACACGCACGCACGCGUUUCUGCAGGACGUCAACCGCGGCACAAUCUCGGAUGCGCGCUUCAACACCUGGCUGGCGCAGGACUACCUUUAUGUCCGGAACUUUGCCCGGCUGCUGGCCGCGAUGAUAGCCAGCUGCCCUGACACCCACGUGGACGUCCUUGUGGGUGGCAUGGCGGCCAUUGAUCUGGAGAUCAAGUGGUUCAAGGCCAAGGCCGAGGAGCGCAGCAUAGACCUGGCCACCACGGCCCCGCAGCCAAACUGCGCGGAGUACGUUGAGUUCCUCAAAUCCCUCCACUCCCAGCCUUACGCGGUCCAGGCAGCCGUGUUCUGGGCUAUGGAGGCCAUCUACAACCAGGCGUGGACUGGCGUGGGCGAGGGCCUGGCCGACCCCAAGUACAGCGAAUUCGUAGACAGGUGGGGCAAUGCGGGCUUCGCGCAGUACUGCGUCGACCUGGAGGCUCAGGCUGACGAGGCGCUGACGUCAUCGCCGCCAGAAGUGCUGGAGGCGGCCGACGCGGCGGUCAAGCGCGCCGUGCAGCUGGAGCUCGGGUUCUGGGGCAUGGCGUACGCGGCGUGA